AUGGCUUCAAGUUCACAAAUCAUUCAACAACCACAUCUACCAAGGUUUAAUGGAAGGAAUUACUUUCACUGGAGCAUACAGAUGAAAGUAAUGUUUGAGUUUCAAGAUCUAUGGGGAAUAAUAGAGAGUGGAGUAGUCGAACCAGAAAAUCCUAUUGCACUAACAUCACAGCAGACCAUCGAUCUUAAUGAAUAUAAGAAAAAAGACAAGAAGGCAAUGUUCCUUAUCUAUCAAACAGUAGAUGAGAACAUCUUUGAGAUGAUCUCUGCAUGUGAAACUGCAAAAGACGCAUGGGAGAUGCGUUUUAAAGCAUAUAGAGGAGAAGAAAAAGUCAAAACUGUUAGAUUGCAAACCUUGAGAUGCGAGUUCGAUAGUUUAAAGAUGAAGGAUACGGAAUCUGUGGAAGAAUUCUACACACGGGUUAUCGUACUUCUUAACCAGAUGCGUUUAAACGGUGAAAGCAUAAGUGACAGGAGAGUUGUGGAGAAAAUACUAAGGAGCCUUACAAGGAAAUUUGAAUACGUGGUGGUGGCAAUAGAGGAGUCCAAAGAUCUGUCAACCCUUUCACUUGAAACUCUGUUGGGGACCCUACAGUCCCACGAACUCAGGAUGAGGCAAUUUGACACAAACACUCUGGAGCAUGCUUUCCAGACACACACAUCAUGGGAGACAAGUCCAAGUGAUAAACAGAAAAAUAUGGAUCCAAGCAGGGAAGAAAGUUCGACUUCUUUCAAAGGAAAAGGCAGAGAGGAGUCUGACAAAAAGGAUGUAAGAACAGGUGAUGAUAAAAAAUUAAGUGUCUGCGGGAGUGGUGAAGUUGCUGUCAAGAUCAAAAAUAAAGAAAAGAAAAUACCAAACGUGUUUUAUGUCCCUAGACUUAAACACAAUUUGUUAAGUGUUGGACAAUUAGUUUUAAAAGGCUAUAAGAUUGUCUUUAAGGAAGAAAGUUGUGAGGUCUAUGACCCUAAGGGUAUCUUGAUUGGGAAAGUCACUAUGACCGAAAACAAGAUGUUUCCAAUCAAAUUUACAAAUGAGGACUUUUUCUCUUUAACUAUGAAUAUCAAGGAUUCUUCUCUUCUUUGGCAUAACAGAUUUGGGCACAUGAGCUUAAACACUUUGGCUCAUAUGCACAAAAUAGAAUUAGUCAAAGGUCUUCCUGCAAUCACCACUGUGAACCACAUAUGUGAAGGAUGUGCAUUGGGUAAACAUGCUAGAGCAGCAUUUCCACAUGACAAUGCCUGGAGAGCAUCUAAACAACUAGAGCUUAUCCAUUCAGACAUCUGUGGACCAAUGCGAACACCCUCAUUUGGUGAAAGCAGAUACUUUUUGACCUUCAUUGAUGACUACAGUAGGAGGAUUUGGACAUACUUUAUCAAGGAAAAAUCUGAAGCAUUCAACUGCUUUGUAAUCUUCAAAGCAAUGGUUGAGAAUCAAAGUGAAUGCAAGAUUAAAACCUUGAGGACUGAUAGAGGGGGAGAAUAUAUAUGA